GCCUUUACUAAAAAAGAGAAGAAAAAGAAAAAGAAAAAAGAGUUUAGGCUUUUAAUCUCUCUCUCGCAAAGGUCCCAAAUACUUGGCGAGGUUAAAGUCAGUGAUAGAAGAAGAAGAUGUUGAGGGUUGCAGCGAGGCGGCUAUCGUCUCUGUCUCCGUCGUCGCCGUGGAGGCUCAAUCAGGCGGCCUCGUCCCUCGUCUCCCGUGAUUUCCUCGUCAACGGCUGUGAUUCGUCGUCCACCGAUCACCCCAGAUCAAACGGCUCCACCUACUCCUCCUUUUCCCUCAGACCUGACCUAUUCCACCUACCCUUCAGAGGUUUUGCUUCUGAUUCUCUGACGCCAACAAAGGAAAACGGCAUAAUUCCAGAUGUUCCUGCCACUGUUGCAGCUGUUAAGAACCCUACAUCGAAGAUAGUUUAUGAUGACCACAACCAUGAGCGUUAUCCUCCAGGUGACCCCAGCAAGCGGGCAUUUGCCUAUUUUGUCCUGACCGGUGGCAGGUUUGUUUAUGCCUCGCUGAUUCGUCUCCUUGUCCUCAAGUUUGUGCUGAGCAUGUCAGCAAGCAAGGAUGUUCUUGCACUGGCCUCGCUUGAGGUUGAUCUCUCCAGCAUUGAGCCAGGCUCCACUGUGACUGUUAAGUGGCGUGGAAAGCCAGUCUUCAUCAGGCGCCGAACUGAGGAUGAUAUAAAGCUGGCAAAUAGUGUUGAUGUUGGAUCUCUUCGUGACCCACAGCAGGAUGCAGAUAGGGUUAAGGACCCUGAAUGGCUUAUCGUUGUUGGGGUCUGCACACAUCUGGGUUGCAUUCCAUUGCCAAAUGCUGGUGAUUUUGGUGGAUGGUUUUGCCCAUGCCAUGGAUCCCAUUAUGAUAUCUCUGGCAGGAUUCGUAAAGGGCCAGCCCCAUACAAUUUGGAGGUACCAACUUACACCUUUUUGGAUGAGAACAAGUUAAUGAUUGGUUGAGAAUCGGGGUUGUUUUCUUGCAAACAACUGUUAUUUUGUGAUCCCAAUAUUAUUUAAUUUGAUCCGAUAAUGUCGAAGAUUUGUUGUGGACAUUUUUUAUUGAAGCCCCUUCCUUGGGCAUGUUUAGAAAUUUUCAUGUAACUUGAACAUUGUAAACCGGUACUGUUGGUGAUGUUCUGAAUUCUGAAUAAGUUGCCCGGCCUCUUUGUUGAGCUUUGAUGAUUUUAAAA